AUGGCUUCCAAACAAUUAGGUCCUUGUUGUUUUAAAUCGAUUAACCAUAUAGGUACACCAAUUGGUUUAUUUAAGGAUGUCUACGGAUUGAAUACAUAUCAAAUCGGUGAACAAUAUGGAACAGAGAAGGUUAUUGUGUUCCUUACUGACGUUUUCGGUCACCAAUAUAUGAAUAACUGUUUGGUAGCCGAUAGACUCUCAGAAAAAGCCAAAGCAUUAGUUCUUGUACCAGAUAUUCUACAAAAUGAUCCUAUUUCUUCCAAGACUGAUUUAUUUAAUAGAUAUGAAAAAUGGCUUGUGGCCCAUGGUGUUGAAAAAACUAGUAACAUUGUACAAGGAUUCUUAUCAAGACUUCGAUCUGAGACAAAGACAAAAUAUGUUUUUGGAAUUGGUCAUUGCUUUGGUGCAAGGUAUGUUGUUAGAAAUCUUUCUGACUCAGGGUUAUUUGAUUCUGGUGCAAUUGCACAUCCUGCAAAUGUGUCAAUUGAGGAAGUUGAACUGGUUGUAAGUCCAAUACUUAUUUCUACAGCUGCAGUGGAUCCUUAUUUUUCAGAUAUUUUAAGAGAAAAGACAAUUGAAAUUUUAACUCGCAAUGAAGUUUGGUACCAACUUACUAUAUUCCAAGGGGUAGAUCACGGAUUUGCAGCUAGAGGUAAUCCAAAUGAUAAGAAAGUCGUCUACUCACAGGGGAAAGUGAUCUCAGAUCAAAUUGAAUUUUUUUCAAUAAAUUUACUACAAUAG